CUUUAAUAAACCCCGCCGCAGCCUGCAACUUCCGACGCUCCUCUCUCUCUCUACCGUUUCUCUCUCUCUCUACCGUUUCUCUCUCUCUCUCUACCGUUUCUCUCUCUCUCUCUCUUCUCGCCGGCGGAAAGAAAGAAGGAACGGGAGAGACGAAAGAAAGGAAUCUCCAUUUCUCCUUGUGCGUAUUCUUCUUUACUCCUCCCCUCUUCGAUCUCUCUCUCUCUCUCUAGCGGUGUUUUAGAAUGGCCACCGUCAACUACAACGCACCCGCGGCCACUCCGGCGGCGACUGCUCCGGCGAAGAAUGUCGAUACCCAAUCUGUGCUCAAAAGGUUGCAGUCGGAGCUGAUGGCCUUAAUGAUGAGUGGAGAAACAGGGAUAUCAGCAUUUCCAGAGGAAGACAACAUUUUCUGCUGGAAGGGAACAAUUACAGGCAGCAAAGAUACAGUCUUUGAAGGAACUGAGUACAAGCUGUCCCUAGCUUUCCCCAACAACUACCCUUUCAAGCCGCCAAAGGUGAAGUUCGAGACCACCUGCUUCCACCCGAAUGUGGAUGUGUACGGCAACAUCUGCCUGGACAUUCUCCAGGACAAGUGGUCUUCUGCGUACGACGUCCGGACGAUUCUGUUAUCCAUCCAGAGCUUGCUUGGAGAGCCAAACAUCAGUUCGCCGCUCAAUACUCAGGCAGCACAAAUGUGGAGCAAUCAAGAAGGUAAGGCAGCUCGAGAUAUGAGUGUACUUGAAGAAACUCCCCCUUUUGGAGUUGCAGAGUCUAAGGAAACUAUUGUGUGGUUGCAGAGUACCGGAAGAUGGUGGAGAAGUUGUACAAGCCUCCAGCAGCAACAGCAUAGGACAGAUGAUAUUCUGGGUUUUACUUCUUACUUGGAUGUCCAUGAGAGAUUACUACUCUUGCGAUCUGUUUCAAUUUUGUCCAUCACUGUACUAAUUCAGUGCCAGUUUCUAAUGAAUGAGAUAAUACCAUUUGACUACUCUACUCUCUCUGCCAUGGUAUGCUUUUGAAUAAGAUAAAGAAUAUAGAGC